GGCAUUGCACAGCUGAGCAGUGGCAACGGAAAGUGUAAGAAAGAUAAGUCAUUGGAUGAGGAAGGAAGGGAGCUGUUUGUGCCAAGACCCUCGGGGCCUACUCUCGCGCAUUAUCCUAGUGUGUCCGAAAAGGAUACUAUGAUUCUUUGGGCCCUUGAGAUGCCGAAGAGGAGAGAAGAGUGUUCGGAUAAGCCUUUGCAGAAAGCCAUAGGAUGA